GGCGCUGCGGCCGGGCCGGAGGCGGGAGGGCGCCCCCGGGGCCUAUGGAGAGGCUGCGGAAGCUGUGCAGGGGCCGCACCAUGACCUUCGGGGUCCCUCUGUUGCUGUAUCUUAUUGGAGGAUCUUUUGGACUCCGUGAAUUUGCUCAAAUAAGAUACGAUGUCCACAGACUACAUGGCAAGGUUGAUCCAACUUUGAAAGAAAAAUUAAAACAGAACACUGUGACACUGGAAUCUGAAUAUGAGUAUUUGGCAGGCUUGCAGUUGAAGAACAGAUCUGGAAAACAAGAAGCUGGAGAAGUCUGACUUGGAUAACUGGGAGAACAUCAGAGGACCCCGUCUGUGGGAAGAUUCCAGGGCUGUUCAGAAGCAACGGCGGGAGGCUGCCCGUCUCAAGACAGAGUGACUGAGCAAGCCUGCUUUGGUGCCUCUGGGGAAAAAAAAAAAGUCUCAGGCUGGACUGUCUUAAUUUAUUUUUUGAUCCAGUGUCAGGAACAGACAUGGGAGAGGGAGAUUGCGCUGGGCAAUUUAUGCCAGCAUAUAUAUAAGUAACUUUAAGAUCAAUCCAAAAGGCACUGUAUUAUGUGAAGCUCUUUGCAUCCUUUUGCAGAGUUCCACAGGCUGUAUAUAUGAAAUCUCCAUUAAAAAACCAGCUGAUUAUUCUGCUGAGAA